AUGGAUAUGAAAGAAAGACCUAUGUUGCGGCUGAAGGUCAGAGGAAAGCUUUUUUGGGGACUCUUAGAUACCGGGGCCGACAAAAGUAUCCUUAACCAGCUGGAUUGGCCCAAAGCUUGGCCCUUAGUGAAAGCUAAUCAGACUCUUCGAGGCUUGGGAAUGGCUACUAGCCCAGAUAUCAGUGCUGCUUCUUUGGAAUGGGAAGAUGAGGAAGGGCAUAAGGGUGUUUUCCAACCUUAUGUUUGUGCCAUUCCUGUCUCCUUAUGGGGGCGGGAUGUGUUAGAACAGAUGGAUGCUAGAUUAACUACGAGUGCAUUGUAUAGUGAGGCUUCCCAGGCUAUUAUGAAGAAGAUGGGCUACAGACCAGGUCAAGGCUUAGGAGCUAAAGAACAGGGAGAUCCUGAGCUGCCUUCUAUGGGAGGUCAGGGUUUUUCCUAG